AUGCCUGCACAAUGCUUGCGACGGGCCAGUCGGCCUUUGAUGCAGUCGAUCUCCCAAACCACAAGUACUCGUUGUUCACAUGCGCUCGGCUGUGCCAAUUACUCAAGGACAUUACGGGGCUCACAAAGCGUUGCAUCUGGAAGGUCCCUAGCUACUUCGGCUGCUAGAAACCAAGAUGGCCUGGACGGAUACUCGUCUUUCAAGCAACAGCGCCGAAUUGAGCUCUGGGCGGAGAAAGAGAGCGAGGAUCCUCUAUUCCAAGAGACACACCCUCGCCUCAUCCACCAUGCAGAGCGCAAGACGGUACCCGAUUUUCAUGAAGCUUUUCGAGAUGUCCUUGAUGAUUCCAAGUAUGUCAGCGUUUGUGGCCGAGUUCGAUCCAAGCGCGUCGUCGGAAAGAAUCUUGUCUUUCUCGACAUCGUGAAUGAAUUUGAGCGUCUACAGGUUAUGCUCAACCGGUCAAAGUGCAUGGUAGAAGAGGAGGCAAGGGGUUUGAACCUGGCAGCUGUCGUUGGUGUUCCGGUUCGUACUAAAGCCGGCGAACUCACCUUGGAGGCCAAGACUUUGCCUGAACUUCUGUCUCCUACCAUGGAGCAGAUUCCAGAGAAACUCACCGAUCCCAAGACCAGAAUGCAAGAACGUCAUGUUGAUAUGUUGGUGAACCGACAAGCAAUUGAUGUCCUCCGACUGCGCGCCGAGAUCACCAAGCACAUGCGUGAUUACUUUCACUCAAGAAAAUUCCUCGAGUUCCAGACACCGAUUCUUGCUGAAAACGCUGGCGGUGCGGUGGCCCGCCCCUUUGUCACGAGAGCCACGGAGUUCAAGGAUAGAGAUCUCGCCUUACGCAUCGCCCCAGAAUUAUGGCUCAAGCGCCUCGUUAUUGGAGGCGUUGACAAGGUCUUUGAGAUUGGACCUUCGUUCCGUAACGAGGGUGUUGACGCGACACACAACCCUGAGUUUACUAUGUGCGAGUUCUACAGCGCCUACAGUAACCUGGAGGACUUGAUCAACCAGACCGAAGAGAUACUCUGCAGUCUUGCCCAACACUCCCAGGACCUCAUCUCUACCCAACUCACAUCUCUGCCUUCCAUCGAUAUGAAACAGUUCGUGCGACCUUUCAAAAGGGUCGAAUUCGUUCCCGCACUUCAAGAAGCCCUUGGGCUUCGUCUGCCCAAGCUCUCAUCUCCAGAUGCUCUACCCGAACUCCUGGCUAUCCUAAAGAUUGCUGGUAUCAAGGUGCCAGGUGAUGUGCCUGCCUCGCUGGCCAAGCUGCUGGAUCGUCUGGCUGCCGUUUACCUGGAACCCAUGUCAUUCAUCGAGCCUAUCCUAAUCAUGAACCAUCCCGCCUGCAUGUCACCUCUUGCGAAGAGCUUCCUUUGCCCACGGACUUAUCAGUUAGUAUCCGCCCGUGCAGAACUCUUCAUUGGUGGUCGUGAGUUGGCAAACAUGUACGAAGAGGAAAACGACCCCGAAGAGCAGAAGCGUAAGCUACUCGACCACCGAAACCUCGUCAACAAGGACGACGGUAGCAUUGCCAUUGAACAUAAUGAGAUGCCUGAAGGCGAAGCAGCUGUCGAAGAAGCUCUGGAUGAGCCUUUUGAGGACGAGGACGGCGACGCUGCUCCCCUCGAUCAAAGCUAUAUUAAGGCUCUCGACUAUGGCCUACCUCCUACUGGCGGCUGGGGAUGUGGUGUUGAGCGUAUGGUUAUGCUGUUUUCUGGUGCCAACCGCAUCAGUGACUGUCUAAGCUUUGGUACCAUAAGAAAUGUUGUUGGGCUUUCAUCAGCAGAGGAAAGCAAGACAAGUUCCGAGGAAGAUAAGGGGCUCGAGCAAGACAAGCAGUCGGGUUCCAAAAGCUCAUAA